AUGGCGGAGGAUGAUGCGGAGAUUGCGCUGUUGCAUCAGAUGCAGAGUGGGCAAGAGAGCGUUUCGUGGGGACAAGGCGCAGAUGAUACAGAAGAGGGUGUUGAUGCUACAAAUACAGAAAAUAGCGACCAACCUGUGAAAGAAGAAGAAAAAGAUUUCUCCGAUGAUCAAGUCCUUUGUGCUUUAUCCCCAUCUGAUGCUCUGUCUGAUGGCGAAGAAUAUAACCCGGAAUCAGCCAAUCCAAUUCCAAGUCACACAACUACGAGUCUAGCUGGCACGGGGCCUCCAUCGAGAGCGUCUCCGGCGCGGAAGUCCAAGACCAUUGGUGGGUUUUUGGCGGAUGAGUCUGACGACGAAGAUGAUGUUGAGAUUGCGACGUCAAAGUCGGCUACACUUCUCCAGCUCCCGACCAGUGGUCCAACUCGCUCUGUGUCAAGAUCUCCUCUACACCUCGAAGCUGUGCCUCAAGACUCUGCAGCUCAAACCCCUGUUCCAGCUUUGGAGACUCUUAACCCUCUAGGUGAUGGUGAACAAACUAGCGCUGGUGUCUCCAAUCAAGCUUCUACCCCCAACGCCUCAGCAACUGUCACUGCACCAAUCGCAGGUACUAGCUUACCCAAAGCACGACUUCCCCAUGAUAGAGUAGGUAUCUUAGAGGACCGAAUCAAGGAAGAUUCAAGGGGCGACUUGGAUGCCUGGCUAUCUCUCAUCACAGAACACCGAAACCGCAAUAAGCUGGAUGAUGCUCGGGUUGUCUACGACCGGUUUUUCAAAGUGUUCCCUAUGGCGGCUGAUAUUUGGGUCGCAUAUGCUGAAAUGGAGUUGGGCAUUGACAACUUCUUCGCUGCGGAGCAGAUCUUCGGCAAGUCGCUACUCACAGUACCCCAUGUCCAGCUAUGGUCCGUCUACCUCAAUUAUAUUCGCCGCCGCAAUGACUUAACCAACGACGUUACUGGAUCUGCACGGGCGACCAUAUCACAGGCAUAUGAUUUUGUGCUGGCAAACGUUGGUAUUGAUAGAGACUCGGGCAAAAUCUGGCAAGAAUAUAUUCAAUUCAUCCGCAGCGCCCCUGGACAGAUUGGAGGCAGUAGCUGGCAGGACCAGCAAAAAAUGGAUCAAAUGCGCAAAGCUUAUCAACGUGCCGUUUGCGUCCCAAUGUCUAACGUAAAUGCUCUAUGGAAAGAGUACGACCAGUUUGAGAUGAGCCUGAACAAGAUUACUGGCCGGAAAUUCCUCCAGGAAAAGUCUCCAUCGUACAUGACAGCAAGAAGCGCAAACACUGCGAUGGAAAGAAUUACACGCGGCCUUGUGCGUACUAAUCUUCCACGCCUCCCUCCGGCACUCGGGUUUGAAGGGGACAAGGAGUACUUGGAGCAGGUUGGCUUUUGGAGAAAGUGGAUCAACUGGGAACAAGAGGAUCCUCUAGUCUUCCGAGACGAAGAUAUUCAAGCCUACAAACAGAGAGUCAUUUACGUCUACAAACACGCGGUUAUGGCAUUGAGGUUCUGGCCAGAGAUGUGGGUCGAAGCUGCAGAAUGGUCCUUCAACAACGGCAUGGAGAAAGAAGGCAACGAUUUCCUAAGCCAAGGGAUUGCUGCAAACCCAGAGAGCUGCCUUCUGGCUUUUAAACAGGCUGAUCGCUUGGAGACCAUGCUGCCGAUGGAGGAAGGGGAAGAAGGCCUUGUCAGCAGAGGAGCUGCCGUCAGGGCUCCAUACAAUACACUGCUUGACGCGUUGUACGAUUUAAUUAAGAAGCUGAAAACUCGCGAAAAUGCAGAAUUGGCUAGAAUCCAAGAGUUUGCAAUGCUGGAUUCAUCCGCCAUCCCUGCCUUUGAUAGGGUGGACGAUGAUGAGGAUGAUACCGACAGACUACUGAAGGAGGCGAAAGAAUCCGCUCGAGACAACCAACUGAAGAUUGUGAAACAAGGAUACCACAUGCAGUCGGAACUGACGCAGCGCACGCUGUCAUUUGCAUGGAUCGCUCUUAUGAGAGCUAUGCGAAGAGUACAGGGCAAAGGCAAAGUCAAUGCCCCUGUUGGUGGCUCACGCCAGAUUCUGAGCGAUGCCCGUGUCAAAGGGAAGAUUACUAGCGAUGUAUACAUCGCUAGUGCUUUGAUUGAGCACAACGUAUACAAAGAUCCGGCUGGGACAAAGAUAUUCGAGAAGGGCGCAAAGUUGUUUCCAGAAGAUGAACUAUUCAUAUUGGAAUACCUCAAGCACCUGUUGUCGAUUGGCGACACUACAAAUGCUAGAGCCGUCUUCGAGACAUCCGUGAAUCGACUCACCCAGAAACUUGAAAACGUUGCGAAAGCCAAGCCACUCUACGUGUUUUUCCACAAAUAUGAGUCUGAAUAUGGCGAACUUUCUCAAAUCAACAGGCUGGAGCAGCGAAUGGCGGAUUUGUUCCCAGACGACCAAAGACUCGCGAGGUUCUCAUCGCGCUACUCAUCUGAAAGAUUCGACCCUACUGUUGUCCGCCUAAUCAUCUCACCAGUGGCACAGAUGCGUCCAAAGUCUAUCAUGCAGUCUAUCGAAGAGCCGAUUUCGGUGCAGCCGAGCCCAAGGCCGCAAUACAGGGAGAUUAGCCCCCGCCCACAGCCUCGACAGGAGGCUAACCCCAUCCCGGCUUAUUUACAGCCAACAAACUCUCCAAAGCGUCCGCUUGGAGGUGAAGAAUCUGACAACGAGUCUGGCCGCCCAAGGAAGCUUGUUCGUGGGGAGUCACCCCUGAAAGGAGCUGCAGGUCGCCGCCUGGACCAACAGAAGAGGAUGCAGCAGACUCAUGGUGGUGUUCAACAGUGGCAAUCCAAUGGUGCGGCACAGUUCAUGAUUCCCAGGGAUAUCACAUUUUUGCUCAGCAUCAUCCCACGGGCAGAGACAUAUAAUGCCACGCUGUUCAACGCAGAAGCUAUGGUACGACUACUGGACAAAACACCCAUUCCAGAUUACAGCGCUUGGAAGGCGUCGCGUGACCAGGCGCCAAGGUAUUAUUAAGGAGGGACGGGGCUUGUAUGUUGACAGGAUUUACGGUGAAUUGAGGGCACAGACGAUCUGUGGAUUUGUAUCAUAUGAGGGAGAUUUGGGACUGAAGAUGGCCAGCGUGGAGUUGUCUAGGCAGUUGUUAUCCAGGAAAGGUGUACUAGUGUCGCAUAGCCAAAUGAAAUCAGCAACUCUGACAAGAGAAGACAACCGUGUUC